AUGAAGCCGUACGGUAGUGAUAAAAAAUUGCUCUCCGGAAAGUUUUGUGGAGUACUGUCAGAUGAAACGAUUGCGGAAAUAUUCGAGCAGCUUGCGCCUAGAGAAAGGGCUCGAUUCUCUGUUAUCAAUAAACAUUUUUAUAGUUUAUUACACCCGUGGAGUGAUACCAACCGCAUUACGGCACAUAAAGGAGGCAUUGUUAUCGCUUCUGAUCGCCACAUAUUUGAAAUACACAACACAAGGAAUAAGGACGUUAAUAAACUAGCGAGCGCACUUCGCAGUUCUCCGUUUAUACAUAAGCUUGUGAUCAGUUGCAUAGACCAUAUUCGCACAAUUCCUGUAACAGCUUUCGGCUGUUUAUCAAAUCUUCGAGAACUUACUCUACCGUGUGAUAUUUUUGAUAAGGAAUCGAACUUGGAUGACAAAAUCAAAGCAAUAUUUUCACUUGAGAAAUUAGUCGUAUUGCGCAUUUUGAAACGAUUCGACACUCCGCGCAAAGCAAUGAAUAUAAUGCAUGAGGAACAUGCAGAAAAUUUGAAAGCAAAUGCUAUUAAAAUGUUAAAGUUACAGGGCGUGUCGUUAACCGCAGCGGCUAUGGAAACGAUCUCCGAGAAAUAUUCAAAUUCAUUAAAAUAUUUAUGCCUUAUGGGUGCGCUUGUACAUACACCCGAUGGCGCAAUAUAUCUGAAAGCGCUGUGUAAGUUAGAAUUAAAUAAUGCAUGUCAGUUAUCAAACUGA